AUGGGGAGUCGCUUGGAUAAAAACUCCAACGCUGUGCGGAAACGCAUAGAAAACCACACUUUUUCGGAUGAAGGGGGCGAGGAGUACGAGGGGAGUGCUUUUGGUGGCUUCCCCGACUAUUUCCGCCGCAAGAAGAUCAAACUUCAGAACCUCGACUCGGAGUUGAGAUCUUCUUCCACAGGCAAACCCCAGAUAUUCAAGGGAGUUGUGGCCCAUGUGACAGGUUACACACAGCCGCCACUCCAUGUCCUGCAUCGCGAAUUGGUUCAGCACGGCGCUGCAUUUCUCCAGUACUUGGACUCCAAGACAAUGGCCACUCAUAUCAUUGCCUCAAGUCUGCCGCCCAAAAAGAUGAUUGAAUUCAACAAGUAUCGGAUUGUCAAGCCGUCUUGGGUAGUAGAGUCGAUUCAAGCUGGCAAACUCCUUCCAUGGUCGGAUUACCGAGUCAUCGAAGAGACUCCCCGGCAGAAGACUCUCAGGGUAGAUGGCACAGGCUUAUCUACCCAGUCUCACACACAACAAUCACCCCUUGCGGGUUACCGAGAGCAGACAGGAAACAGCUUCUACACUAGCCAACUCAGAAACUUGGCGGAGGCGAUUGACGGAGCACAUGCCCGUGUUGAGUCACCUACUCGACACGGAUCAGCAGCAGCAGCAGCAGGCAGUGCAAACUACAAGGGCGAGCAAGGAGGUCAGUCUGUGGCUGUAGGGGUAUUUGGAGAAUCGAACAGCACUCCGCCAACACCCGAUGAUGGACAUGCAGACUCUGAUAUCUUAAUUGACCCAGACGCCGAAGGUGACCCUAUCGUUGACUUUCAACCUCAACUGUCGAAUGUCGCAGGCGAAAGCAUUAUGGAAGAUCAGGUUGACUCAGCCCCAUCGCUUGAACAGCGAAAGGCGAUGACGUCCGAGGAGCACAACACCAUGCUACUUCAAGAUCCUCGAAUGAGGAAGUCUUCGACGGCGAAUCCGGAUUUCAUACAACAAUACUACUCUGAGAGCCGUCUUCAUCAUUUAUCAACUUGGAAAGUCGAACUCAAGUCGAGGAUGCAGAGGCUUGCAGCUGAGAAGGGACCGCAACGAAAACCAAUAAAGAGAAAACCAGGCGCGCGGCGAUACAUCAUGCAUGUCGACUUUGACAGCUUCUUCUGCGCUGUUUCCCUCAAGAAUGCACCCGAAUUUGUUGAUAAGCCCACGGCUGUUGCUCAUGGUACGGGUACCGGGUCGGAAAUUGCAAGUUGCAACUAUCCGGCAAGGAAGUACGGCGUGAAAAACGGCAUGUGGAUGAAGCGCGCCAAAGAAUUAUAUCCUGACCUCAAGGUGCUACCAUAUGACUUUCCGGCAUAUGAAGAUGCGAGUAAAUUGUUCUACGAAAGCAUCUUGGAAGUUGGAGGUGUGGUCCGGAGUGUGAGCAUCGACGAAGCUCUGGUGGACGCCACUUCGGUUAUACUAUCUGCUGUCGGGUCGGAUGGCUCUGGUGUCAACGAGGGUAGCAUAUGGCGAGAGCAAGAGAAAGCUGACCAGAUAGCCUCAGCCUUGCGAGAUGAGAUCAAGAAGAAGACUGGGUGUGCUGUAUCUGUGGGGAUCGGGGGCAACAUCCUACUGGCCAAGGUCGCGCUCCGGAAAGCGAAACCCGCAGGCCAAUACCAGAUCAAACCAGAGGAGGUGCAAAGUUUCCUUGGGGAGCUGAAAGUCGACGACCUGCCUGGUGUUGCGUACAGUAUUGCUGGCAAGUUAGAGGAGAUCGGGGUGAAGUACGUCAAUGACAUUCGACAAACGUCCAAGGAGCGUCUGGUCAACACUCUGGGUCCCAAAACGGGGGAGAAGCUCUGGGAAUAUGCUAGGGGUAUCGACCGAACAGAAGUUGGCGAGCAACCUAUCCGGAAAUCUGUGUCUGCUGAAGUCAACUGGGGGAUCAGGUUCAUCAGCCAGGACGAAGCCGAGGAGUUCGUGUUCAACCUGUGCAAGGAGCUGGAGAAGCGUCUGCUCCACGAGCAGGUCAGAGGCAAACAACUCACCAUGAAAAUCAUGAGACGAUCGCUUGACGCACCACUAGAUCCCCCGAAGCAUUUGGGCCAUGGAAAGUGUGACACCUUCAAUAAAAGCGUGAUGUUUGGCGUCGCUACGCACGACUGUCAGGUGUUGGGGAAAGAAGCAGUGUCAAUUCUGCGAUCUUACAAGUUCAGUCCUGGCGACCUUCGUGGCCUGGGUGUACAGCUGACGAAACUUGAGCCGAUCAACUCGCUGUCUGGUCCUGACGGGAGUCAGAAGAAACUGAGCUUUGGAGCUUUCCGUGCUCCUGCGUCAGCAAAGAAGCCGGUCCAAGAUCCCAUACAGGAUACUGGUGGCCUGGAAACAACUACGAAUUCGCCUCAAGGGCGAAGCACCUCCUUGUCAGACCCUAUCGAUGACAGUCCGCUGACUCCGCGAAAACCACAGUCUACGCCUUCCCAUCCGGCUCUGGUAAUAUCACGAGCAGGCGACAAAGAUGUCAAGGCCCGGACUCCCCUUAACAUCGGUGGAACGCAGUUCAUCAUGCCCACUAACGCCGAUCCCGCCGUACUAGCAGAACUCCCUCGGGACAUCCGAAGCAGGCUCAUGGCCCAGAGCCGAGCCAUGCCUGAACCUCGCGAAGAGUCGCCAGCCGCGAAGUCACGAACACAAAGCCCAGCGCCGGCAGCAGUAGCAGCAGCAGCAGAUAUCCCGCCCGAGUUCGACCCAGAGGUAUUCAACGCACUCCCAGAGGACAUGAAGGCCGAGAUCCUGGCCUCCCACAAACCCCUAGGGGGAGGCGGAGGAGGAGGAGGCGGCAGACAGGCCGUCCUGCCGCAGUCGCCGCGCAAGGACCGUAUAAUCCCACAGACGAAGAAAUGGACCCCGACCAAGCGCCGCGGCCGGCCCCGCGGAAGCGGCUUAUUCGGCAAGGCGCGCGAGCGAGCGGCCGACGCAAACGCCAAAGUCGUCCAGACCAACUUCCUCUCGCACAAGCAAGCCGAAAGCGCUGCUGGAUCCAGCGCCGACGUCGUCAUCGACGAGCUCGACCCAGCCUUCCUCGCCGAGCUGCCGGACGAAGUGCGCAAGGAGCUCAUAGCCGACCACCGCCGGCGCAAAGCCCAGCAGCGGUCGGGCCUCAACCUCAAGAUCAACCACCCCCACCACAACAAGCGCAACAACCAGGAUACAGCCACCCUUGAAACCGACGACGGCCUCGGAAUUCUCCCGGGCGGACAGACAAAACUGCAGUUCGCCGCGCGGCCGCCCAGGAUCGGCUUCACGAGCGGCGGCCUGACGACGCUGUCGGAGAUCCGCGACAUGCUGAACGUGUGGCACCGCGAGACGCAGGACGAGGGGCCGCACAGGCGCGACGUCGAGAUGCUCGAGAAGUACCUGGCUAGGGUCGUCCUGGAGGAGAAGGACAUGGACAAGGCGCUGAAGCUGGUCAGGUGGUUGGACUACCUGGUCGACGAGGAUGCGGAGGAUGAGGAUGGGGUUGAGGAGUCGCCGGGUAAAGCGGCGUGGCGGGACGUUGUAAGGGAUGUCAAGCGGGAGGUCCAGGGGGCUGUGAAGGAGAGGGGCUUGGGGCCUUUGGAUAUGACAUAA